GUCACACCGGAUAUGACGUAAUGGGGGAAAGCAUGCGGAAAUAAACAGCCGAGCUGUCAAGAUAGCAUGGUCGAGUGCAGAGAAGGUGGGCUGUUUUUAACAUAAUGUGGCCCUGUAAACUUUGUAUAAAGUUUAUUUGACGGGCUUGGAGCUAAUGUGGAGCAGCUGCAUUGAAAGUGGCACCUGUUUGCUAUGGCACCGUCCCCCUUCCCCCUUUUUACCGCCCUGCUACUCCUGACAUCGCUCCCCCUGCAAUCUUUUUUCUUACUUACUCCAACUCCCACUCCCCUACCCUCGUGUGAGCCUGGACGCUCGUGGGCGGUGCAGCUGAGCCAUGAUUCUGAGCCACAUGAAAACUCCCUCGAUGAGCUGGCUCAACUUGUGGCGCUGGAGGCUGGUCUCGAGAGCCUCGGUCAGAUCGGACAACUCCGUGGCCACUAUCUACUCUGCCAGGUGACGGACGAGGAGGAGCACCCACCAGCAGCUAGCCAGACAUUGGAUGCCCACCCUCAUGUGGUCUGGCACUCACAAGAGAACAUUCUGCGCAGGUCCAAGAGGGCCUUGGUCUUCAACGAUCCCAAAUACGCAAGCCAAUGGCAUUUGCACAAUGAAAUGAGACCCGGCAUGGACAUCAACGUGACCGGCGUGUGGGAGCAUAACAUCACCGGUGCGGGCGUCACCGUGGUCGUAGUGGACGACGGCUUGCAGCACACACUGGAGGACAUUCAGCCCAACUAUUCUCCAGAAGGCAGCUACGAUCUGAACUCGAACGAUCCGGACCCGAUGCCGCACCCGGACUCGCACGGCGAUAACCAUCACGGCACACGCUGUGCGGGCGAGAUCGCUGCGGUGCCUAACAACAGCUUCUGCGCUGUGGGAGUUGCGUACGGCAGCAAGGUGGCAGGUAUCAGAGUUCUUGACGGACCACUCACUGACAGCAUGGAGGCUGUGGCUUUUAAUAAACAUUACCAGGUCAACGAUGUGUACAGCUGCAGCUGGGGACCAGAUGACGAUGGACGGACUGUUGAUGGGCCACAUCCUCUGGGCCAGGCAGCACUAUUACAUGGAGUUCAACAUGGCAGAAAAGGCUUCGGGAGUAUCUUUGUUGUCGCCAGUGGCAACGGAGGCUUGUAUAGUGACAACUGCAACUAUGACGGCUAUGCGAACUCCAUCUACACAGUCACUAUUGGGGCAGUAGAUGAGAACGGGAAAAUGCCGUUCUAUGCAGAAGAGUGUGCGUCCAUGCUAGCUGUGACUUUCAGCAGCGGAGGAAGACAGCUGCGCAGCAUCGUGACAUCAGACUGGUCACUCCAGCAUGGCACGGGCUGUACCGAAGGGCACACGGGUACGUCUGCAGCAGCUCCUUUGGCAGCUGGCAUGGUGGCACUGAUGCUGCAGGUCCGACCUUGCUUAACUUGGCGAGACAUUCAGCACAUCAUCACAUACACGGCUACACAGUACGACACCGAUGUAGAUUGGAAGACCAAUGGCGCUGGCUUCCACCACAGCCACAAGCAUGGGUUUGGCCUGCUCAAUGCCUGGAGACUGGUCAACGCUGCCAAGAUUUGGGAAACUGUACCACUCUUGGCGUCUUAUCAGAGCCCAGUUUUAAGAAAAGGAGACACAAUCCCAGCCUUUCCGAAGAAACUUAUCCUCACUUUGAAUGUCACCGCUGUAGACCUCAGACAAUCAGGCAUAAAGACCUUAGAGCAUGUAGCUGUUACGGUGACAAUAACUCACCCGCGGCGUGGAAAUCUCGAGAUCGUGCUCGUCUGCCCAAGCGGCAUGACCUCACUCAUCGCUGCCAAGAGAGCCUUGGACACAGAUACCACUGGCUUCACAGACUGGACUUUCUCCACUGUGCGGUGCUGGGGAGAGCAAGCUGUAGGCCAGUACAGCCUCCACGUCACUGACCACAGAGAAGCGUCGUAUUCUCUGGGCACGCUGAAGCGCUGGAAGCUCACUCUGUACGGCUCAGAGAUGUCCUUCCAAGAAGUGAUGAACAGACAGAGGCUUGUAGACGAGGCUAUGAACGGCCAGUUUCUGAACAGCAAUUUCUCCAUGCCGUGUCCACCCGGCUUGGACAUUCCUCCUGAAGUGGAGAUCCCAUUUACCUCCAACAGCCUGAAGGUUCUGCUGCUCGUGUUCUGCUUUGCAUUCUGCUGGUCCCUGUACUACCUGCUGGAGCUGAUGAUCGCAUACUUGCACGGACUGCGGCGCGGGUCUGCCACCUCGAAAGACAGCCGGUUUCUGCAGAUGCUGACGGACUUGGAGGCCAAAAUGCCCCUCAUAGGAAGCGACGAUGGCACGUAGCCCUCAGGUGGGGGAAGCAAAAACAGGAAGUGAUGUAACUAACGCACCUUAAUUGAGCCGAGCUAGUCCCUGCGUACACACUGGCCAGUUUCAAGUGCUCGGUCAGGAACUUUAAGGUGAUUAGCAGUGAUGUUUAUUAGGGUUUCGUGGACCUUUCAGUCAGCGCAUCCAGUGAUGUGCUCUCCGUGUUAAUUUUGAAGCUGCACACUGUUCCAUUCGGGCACAUCGGGGUUUAAAUAACAUAAAUGUAUUCGCGAGAAUCAAAGUGUUUACAGCGGGAGAAGAAUCCUGCUUUUGAAAUUAACAAAUGACUUGAUAUUGCUGGUACUGUGGAUAUUUUCUUUUAAGUGUGUGUGUGUGUGUGUGUGUGUGUGUGUGUGUGUGAACAUGAAUGAAGAGAAUGAAUGUAUGGUGCUUUCAGAUCUGUUUUAGAGAAAAAGAAGAGCGCUAUAUUUUUAUUAAAUUAUACUUUUUUUUUUUUUUUUUUUGCCAGUUUUGUUCAUUAAAUGUAUAUAUUGACUGGGUCAAGUUAAAGCAAUGCAUCCAGCACUUUUUUUUUCCCCUUCCUUUUUAUUUUUUGUAAGCUUUAAAUGUAAAAAUGGGAACAAAUGAGCAAUUAAUUAGGCAAUAUACGUGUACUAUACAGGUAUUUCUAUAUGAAUGGAUGCCUUUUGAGACGUGAAGUCUUUUUACUGAGGUGAAGUGUUUUACUUUUACCUGUUUGACAAUCCAAAGACAAAAAUAUGAUCAACAGCUGGUCUGAAUAAAGUCUUUUUUGGCUGAA